CGAUCAACCGGGCGCUUUUGUUUUACCUCUGAAAUUCAUUUAUUAAACUUAUAUUAAUCGCAAUCGUAUCGCAAUCAUGAACUGUAAAGCGUCUUUAAUUAUAAUGCUCACGGCAACUUAGUGCCGACUAUUACAUAAAAUAACAGUCAGUGGGCAAGUCAGGUGGAAGAGUGUCGUGUGCAACCACCCGCGUCCUAAAUCACAGCUUCAAGUAUGGGGUGGCUCUCUGCCGCGUGGCUGCUGGCGGCAGUCCAGCUCAGCUGCCAAUACCUGUUGCCGCGCGACGUUUCGCCUGCGCACUACGACGUGCGCCUGGCCUACGACGUCGACCCGCACACUAACUUCAGCUUCUUCGGCGUUGUUGAUAUCCUGUUGACAGCAAAGAAGAACACACCAAAAAUAGUUCUGCACGCGCAAGAUUUUGAAGUGAUCGGUGACAAGAUAACAGUGACCGGCGACAGCGAGCCUAUCACAGUGUCAGAAGUUAAACUGAACGAUACAUACAACUUCUUAAUCAUAGACCUGAACAAGGAGUUGGAAGAAAAUGCUAAUUACACCCUCACAAUACCUUUCUUCGGUAACCUGGUUAAUGGUUUGGACGGCGCCUACGUCAGCUCUUAUAUCAAUAAGAAGAGCCAACAGACUGAGUACUUGGUGACGACACAAUUCGAGGCCAUUUCAGCCCGAAAAGCCUUCCCCUGCUUCGACGAGCCAAUGUUUAAGGCGACCUUCUCGCUGAAUAUCGCCCACAAUAAGAACUACACCGCCAUCUCCAACAUGCCGCUGGCUUCUUCGUCCAAUGAUAAUUCCCUCGAAAAACACUGGCCUUGGGAAACUAUUGCGAAAUCGUUCAAAAAAGACAAAUCUAUCUUCGUCUGGGACCAGUUCGAAAAGUCAGUGCCAAUGUCGACCUACCUGGUUGCGUACGUGAUAUCCUUGUUCUCGUACGUGGAGAGCCCGAAGGAUCUCUCUCACACGAACUUCAAGAUAUGGGCGAGAAAUGAUGCCAUCGAUCAGACAACCUACGCCGCGAAAAUCGGACCGCAGGUCCUCUCCUACUUCGAGAAGUGGUUCAACGUGUCCUUCCCGCUUCCGAAGCAAGACAUGAUCGCCAUCCCGGACUUCGCCGCCGGCGCCAUGGAGAACUGGGGUCUCAUUACCUACAGGGAAACUGCUCUGUUGUAUGACAAGAAAGAGUCGUCAUUCCUGAACAAGGAGAGAAUUGCUGAGGUGGUAGCCCACGAGCUAGCCCACCAGUGGUUUGGCAACCUGGUGACCAUGAAGUGGUGGUCGGACUUGUGGCUCAACGAGGGCUUCGCCACGUUCGUGGCGUCAGUGGGAGUGAGUGCCGUGGAGCCAAGCUGGCACGCGCGGCUUAACUACGCCAUCGAGAACACAUUGUCCAUCCUGUCGCUGGACGCGUUGGAGUCCUCGCAUCCCGUGUCAGUUGCAAUCGACGAUCCGAAACGCAUCUCUGAGAUCUUCGACACCAUCUCCUACCGCAAGGGUGCGACCGUCAUCCGGAUGAUGCUCAUGUUCCUCGGAGAAGAUGUCUUUAGGAAGGCUCUGCACAACUACCUAACGAAGCAUUCCUACUCAAACGCGGAACAAGACGACCUGUGGGCGGAACUGACCGAGGUUAACCGACAGCACGGCGGCCUCAGCAGAAACGUCACUGUCAAAGAGGUGAUGGACACCUGGACCAAGCAGACCGGAUACCCCCUCCUCACGGUGACCAGGGAUUACUCCGACAAGAGCGUUACCAUCACACAGAAACGCUACCUCUCCCUGGGUGCAACCCGCUCGACGUCUUCCUGGUGGGUGCCGCUGAGCGUGCUGUGCGAGCGGGAGGCGGACCAACCGAACCAACGCGUGCAGUGGCUGGCGGACGACGAGGGUGUGACCCAGCAGCACAAAUUCGAGCACGGCUCGGCGCCCGGCGAAUGGGUGCUGUUCAACUAUGACAUGAUCGCUCCGUACAGAGUGAACUACGAUGAACAAAACUGGAAACUUCUGGUGUCGACGCUGACGAGUGACAAGUUCACCAGCAUUCCUGUGGAGGGGCGCGUUCAGCUGCUGUCGGAUGCCUUCGCCCUCGCGUGGAACAACAAGCUGGAUUAUGGCACCACCAUGAAGCUUGCUAGCUACCUGCAGCGCGAAACAGAAUACCUGCCACUCUACACGGGCCUCAAUGCUCUCAGCAAGAUUGAAAACGUCAUCAAGAGGAGCGCUGACUACGGAGCUUUCCAGAAGUUCAUGAGGAGACUCAUAACUAAGGCUUACGAGCGCGCGGGGGGACUGUCACAGAAAAGAAUCAUCAAUGGGGAAGACUUGAACAGCGUUAAAAUGCAGACAACGACGAGUGCGUGGGCGUGCAACGUGAAGGUGCCCGACUGCGAGGAGAACGCGAUCGAGCUGUUCCAGCGCUGGAUGGACACGCCCAAUCCGGAUGAGAACAACCCGAUUCCGGUGGACCUUCGCCGCACCGUGUACUGCGUGGCGCUGCGCCGGGGCUCCGUGCGCGAGUGGCGCUUCGCCCUGGCCCGGCGUCGCAACGCCAACGUGGCCGCCGCCCGGGACCACUUGCUGUUCGCGCUGGCCUGCUCGCGGGACGUGUGGAUACUGGCACAGUACCUGGAGUGGACAGUGACCGAGGGCUCUGAGAUCCGUCGCCAGGACUCCGGCAGCGUGAUCGCGGCCGUGACCCGCUCCACCACGGGCUACUACAUCGCCAAGGACUUCAUCUACAACCGCAUUGAGGAUAUCCAUAACGCCUUUAAGGGACAAGACAGACGCAUUGGCGCCAUUAUAAAAACAUUGCUUGGGCAGUUCACCACACAAAAGGAACUUGACGAGUUCUUAGAGUGGCAGGACAAGAACGGCAAGUACCUGUCGGAGUCGAAGCUCGCCGUGUCGCAGGCGGUGGAGAACGCGCGCGUCAACAUCGACUGGGCCAACAAAAACCAGAAACUAGUGGUGGAGAAGCUGCGGGAGUUCUCCGUUUCCCAUCAUCUGGAACAGCCUUCGUGGGCGUCGUGGAGAAAAAAGCCACUGUUUAUGUCAUCUCUAUAUGCCAUACACAAUAUAUCCAGCUCGAUUAUGAAUAAACCACAUGUUUAGAAAUAUAACAUCAUCGCUGUUGACAAAUGAGAUUACGUUUUUUUAAGUGUUCCGUUAAACUGUAUUCUAUUUGACAUCUACUGCUAUACUAUGCAGCAUAAUUAUUUUUUGAGCAAUAGUUAAGUAAACCUUCUUUUUCAAAUAGAAAAUAAUUAGUUUUACAUGGACCAAAUAUGAGAUAUUAGAUUUAACUUUGCAUAAUAUUUUAUCACGGACCACAAUUCUCUAGGGCCUACAACUUUUUACGGAAUGUCAAAAUUUUCGUCAAAAUAUCCCCUUAGUAGGAUCUUCCGUUGACAUUGGCUAAAAGCCUAAAGAUGAAAAAAGUUAAGCAAUUUAUGAGGUAUUACAACACCAUUGCGAGAUUUUAAGUUAUGUACUUUCGCAAUUAUUUAUGUACACCCCAAACCUGUAGCUGCUAAAUAAUAUUAUUUCAUUUAAAAACGCUGUUUUUAAAAUAUGAGUAAAGCUGAAAACAAAGAAAAGCUUUGUUAAACUUGGCAUUACAACACUGCCGUGUAUCUAAAUACAUUUCGUGUGAAAAUUCAUUGUCAUAGAGAAUCAGGGCCAUGCUCUGAAAAUAAGUAAAGAAGCAAAAAGUACUUAAUAAAAUAAAUUAAUAUAAAGCCGUCCACUUUUUUAUACUUAAAUACAUUUUUAUUAAUUAUAAUUAUCUUGUAAAGCAGUAGUAAACAAUGGUAUUAAUUCAACUGUAAUUACAUAAAUGUCUACACUGCACUAAACUGACAUGUACUGUGAUAUUACAUAUAUGACAGUUUAGUGGGGUUUAGACAUGUCUAAAACUAGUGCUUUUUUUUAAUAAGGUAGGUUAGUUACAUUGUGAGAAGGAAAGUUUUAGAAUUGUUAUGAGCUUAAUGAUAUUUAUGUACAAUUGAAUUAGAACAAUUAAUGACAUUGUCCCCAGUAACUUACGCACAUGUUAGUAACAAUAAAUAUUUGUUUUUAAA